AUGUUUUCCAAUAAUCUUGCUUUCAUAUUGUUCUUGAGAACACAUUCCAAAGAAAAUGUAUCAUGUAAUUUACGGCACACCAUAGUAAUUCAGGUGUCAGCAUGCCGCAGUCAGGAGACUCCACCUGGCCCUCCUGGACCAACUGAGGAGCCACCACCAACUGGACCACCUGGCCCACCAACUGGAGGUCCUGAUCCGACAGGUCAACCAACUGGACCACCAGGCACACCAACUGGAGGUCCUGAACCAAAUGGACCACCAGGCACACCAAUUGGAGGUCCUGAACCAACUGGACCAUCUGACACACCAACUGGAGGUCCUCAACCAACUGGAGGGCCCCAACCAACUGGUGGGCCACAGCCUACUGAAGGCCCAUAG